AGGUUCAGCGUCACGGUGGUCGGCGACGGCGCGGGCUGCGCGGUCCACGCGGCCGGCGGGAGCCUCGCGCCGACGCGGGAGGCGCCUUGCGCAGUGCUCUGCCCCUCGCAGGGCGAGCUGCGGGCGAUGCUGCAGGAGAACCACGUCCCCUUCGAAGUCGCGGAGGUGGAUCAGCACGGCGACAAGGUGCCGGAGGCUGGCUCGGGCGCUGGCCCCCUGAACCCGGAGGUCCUGGCCGACCUGCGCGGGAUGAGGAGCGAGGGCCACAACGUGAGGCACGAGAGCUCCCACGCGGCGGCCCCCGCGAGCAGCGCGCUGCUCUUCCGGGGCGCCUGGCGCACGCACGCUCUGCUCGACGUGCUCCGCCAGCACUUCCUCGGCGCCCCGGUCACGCGCGCGGCGAGGGAGCCCGCGAGGCUGCCGCGGCUGGCCGCGCCGACGCCCUUCGCGCACGCCGUCCCCUGCUUCGCGGAGGUCGUCAGCACGCAGUCGCUGCCUGGCGCCGCCAGCGGCAGGGCGGGCGGUGCGCUGCACGUCUCGGCGUUGCGCGGCUGUUUUUUCCCAGGGCAGUCCCGCCGCCUGCUGGAGCUGCUGCGCGUGCUGCUGCCGAGCUUCUCGUGCGAGCUGCGGCCGGACCGCCGGCACGCCGCAGGGAUCAAUGCAUUCACGAAGCUGGGGAUGCGCCGCAUUGACACGGUGGAGUGCGACGGCCGCGACGUCGAUCCAGACGGCAACGUCGACUGGAAGUGGGCGAUCAAGCUGGGCGCUUGAGGUGCAGCGCGCUGCCAGGGUGGGGGGGCAGCCCGGCGGCCGUUCUGAGCGCACGGAUGGUCGGUAUCCGCGGCGGCGCGAGCUCGAUGGGUGCACCAGUGUGGCGCGCAGCUCGCAGGUCAAACGAGCA